AUCGGGGCGGGUCUAGGGUCUGGUGCGUGGCUUUGGUUCGUGGAGAAUUCAUGGAGACCUGAUGAAGGGAGAAAUUUCGAAUUUGAGGUUAAUUCGAAGUGCGUGUACUUGACGGCGAAUUGUUUUGGUUUCGUGCGUUGAGUAGGCUCGCAGUCGAGUAGCCUUGCCGUUGAAUUUGGGUCGGUGAAAUGGCCAAGAACGAGAGUAAGUCGGAGGUGGAAUCAAGCAAGCGGAAAGCGAAGAAGCGUAAGCAGCAAAAUCAGGCAGAGGACCCUCACGAGGAGAAAGUGUUCCUGGAACAAGCCCGCAAGGCAUCAAAACGCAAAUCCGAACCACUCGAAAAAAGUCCCAAGAAGCGAAAGUCCCACCAGAACGACUCCGAGGACAGCGCCAACUCCGACGAUGAAAUCCGGGAACCCACUCAGCAGGAGCUCCACGAAAGUGAAAAGCCAGAAAACACCCUCGACAUCGAAACCAUUCGCCAGAAGAAGCAAAAGUCACACAAGAAGAACCUGAAAAUCAAACAGGACCAGGCCACGCUCAAGGAAUCGGAGCGCAACGACCAAUACUUGACGCGAUGGAAGCAUUCCCGCGAUGAGUGGAAAUUCGAAAAACUACGACAAGUUUCCAUUCAGAAGUCCGUGUUGGAUCCUUCGAAAAUGAGCGAUGAGAUUUUCCCGAUUGCCUUGGAGUAUUUGGCGGGAACAAAGGGCGCAGCGCGCGGUUUAAUGGGGAAAGCAGCCGAGGAAGACAUCAAGAGGCUGGACAAGGAGUUUGGGGAGUCGCCAGAGGCGAAGAAUGAUCCCGUGAAAAUGAGUAGAUAUAAGCGGGCGCGGGAGCUGGUUCAAGUUUUGCAGUAGAUAAAGUAUUUUAAGUUUAAAGUUUUUGACUGUAUUAAUUUUAGUUGUGCAUGAUUUAAAUAUAUUUGGUUAAUUAAAGUUGUUGAACUCGU